UUCUGGCUUGGCAAGAACUAUGUCAUGGAUCAAGGAAGGAGAGCUGUCACUUUGGGAACGGUUCUGUGCCAAUAUCAUAAAGGCAGGCCCAAUGCCCAAGCACAUUGCAUUCAUAAUGGAUGGAAACCGUCGCUAUGCCAAGAAAUGCCAGGUGGAAAGGCAAGAAGGCCACUCACAGGGCUUCAACAAGCUGGCUGAGACUUUACGCUGGUGUUUAAAUUUGGGCAUCCUAGAGGUGACAGUCUAUGCAUUCAGCAUUGAAAACUUCAAACGUUCCAAGAAUGAGGUUGAUGGCCUACUGGAUCUGGCUCGGCAGAAGUUCACCAGCUUGAUGGAAGAACAAGAGAAGCUGGAGAAGCAUGGGGUAUGUAUCCGGGUCCUGGGAGAUCUGCAUUUGUUGCCUUUAGACCUCCAGGAGCAGAUUGCACAAGCUGUACAGGCCACAAAGAACUACAACAAGUGUUUCCUGAACGUCUGCUUUGCAUACACAUCCCGUCAUGAGAUCACCAAUGCUGUGAGAGAGAUGGCCUGGGGAGUAGAGCAAGGGCUGCUGGAUCCCAGUGAUGUCUCUGAGUCUCUGCUUGAUAAAUGUCUCUACACCAACCACUCUCCUCACCCUGACAUCUUGAUACGGACUUCUGGAGAGGUUCGACUGAGUGACUUCUUGCUCUGGCAGACCUCCCACUCCUGCCUAGUGUUCCAACCCAUUCUGUGGCCAGAAUACACAUUUUGGAAUCUCUGUGAAGCUAUCUUUCAGUUCCAGAUGAACCAUAACACACUUCAGCAGAAGGCCCGAGACAUGUAUGCAAAGGAGCGGAAGAGGCACCAGCUGGAGAGGGACCAGGCUGCAGUGGCGGAGCAGCUGCUGCAAGAGGGGCUCCAAGCCAGUGGGGAUGUCCAGCUCCGACGGACACGCUUGCGCAAACUCUCAGCCAGACGGGAAGAGCGAGUCCAAAGCUUCCUGCAGGCCUUGGAACGCAAAAGGGCUGACUGGCUGGCACGUUUGGGCACUACAUCAGCCUGAGUGAGGCUGGCCACCAGCCACUGUGCUCUGCCCUUUACCUCCAGGGCCCCAUUCCCUUUUCUUGGUGAAAGGCACCUCCCUUCUGGUGAUGAAUUAUGCUCUGCUCCUCUUGCUUGGCAGGAGAGCCCCCAUGGCCACAUGUGCUGGCAGUGGAUACCUUUGGGUUGCCUGGGGCAGUAGUAGCUCCUGGGGAGGAUUGAGGGUGAUAGUAUUCCACAAGGACACUAAACUCCACUCUUGUAACCAAUAGAUUUGGAGAACAGAGGGCCCCAACUCAACUGGCUGCUUCCCCGUCUGCCUGUGCUCUUGGAUGCACUUUGUUUCCAUGAGUAUGUCUUUCAACAUGCAGAAUUGCAGGGAAGAGGUCUUUCCCAAUGCCUAGCCUUUUUCCCAUCCAUCUUCCCGACCAGACUUUCACAAAAGAUUUGGCUCUACCUUGGAUCUGCUGGUAAAUUGCUAGUAGGCAGCCAGAAUUAUUUAGGCAAGGAAGAAAGGGGCGGGAGAGACAGAAAAUUUGCCCAUCUGCUGCUCCUCCCCUUGGCUCUCCACCUGGGAUUUGCUAUUGAGGCUCUACCCCCACCCACUAUGCAGGACUGAUUGCUCACUGAAAGGCUCAGCGCCCCCAAUGGUGCACAGAAGCCAGGCGGGUGAUUACAAUCCAAUUACCUAUUGUCGACUCAGCCCACACAAGCUUUUCUCCCCCUCUUGCAGGGCUUGGGGCCAGGCACUGCUCCCAGGGAAACUUGCCCCCUCCGUGGCUACAGGGUAACAGAAUGGCCUGUGGGCCCUGGUGAGUCUAAUCCAACAUUAACACAACAGGACUGAGCAGAACCAAGCAUUUCUCCCAACUGGCUCUGCCUGCUGACCCCUGCCUACACCAUCACAAACUCUUGAUUCCCACUUCCCAGUCUCAGAGGCCCCCUAAGUAGGCUCCAAGACCAUUUAUCCUGAGCAUGGCAAACCCUGUUCCCACCUCUCUAGUGUUAAGGCUAAGGCUGCCCAGCAGGAAGAGGAGGGCAGGGUGAGGGCUGUGUCUUUCCCCUUACCUCCUCCUCAGAGUUGCUGGAUUAGGACUUCUGACCAGUUGUCUGCCUAGCAACUGUGCUUCAGGUGCCCCAGAGUAGCAAGUACCAGCCAUACUGAAUGUUACUUUCCAGUCUUCUCAUUUUACUUUCUGCAAGCCAUUUUCCCUGCACCUCCAGGAGAGAAGUGGGGUCUUGUAAGCAGUGACGAGUACAUCCUGUAGAUUCCUAAUUUUUCUGUACCCUAGUCCCAUCCUGCCUUUCUGUACUUUGGAUACCUCUUACUGGGGAUGCCUUGGCCAUCUCUGCUCCCAGAAUCAAGUAUAAACGCCUAACACUGCAAUUGAAAAGCCAAUCCAUGCACCCUUUGGCAAGUCCCCCCCCCUGCCACACACACACCUGGCACUCCCCACUACCAGUCCCUGGCACAGAGCUCCCAGAGAGCAGGUGCUGUACAAUUUCCAGCUUUACAAUGGGGUUGUUGACAGCCUUAAUUAGGGAGGCAUGAAUUAUGUGGCUAUAACGAAGAGCCCUACAAUUAAGGCGGGAAUGGAGGCAGCAAGCGGAAUCUGCCCUGUGAGCAUAGUGGCUUGGGUCCCGUCUCUUCUCACUUUCCCUGGUUGUUGGGGUACAGUAGAGGUGAUUAAUGGAACAGGUCUCUGGGAAAGGUACACUGAAGGGUGGAGUAGGAAAGAGCUGCCUCAGGAGGCAUCCUGGGGGUGGGAAAGAUGCAAAUUUGACUGCUGCCCAAAGCAAGAAGCAAAAUAUUUUGUUUUCUUUCUGCUGGCCUGAUUUGUGCAAACUAGCCUCUCUCCCUUGCCUCAAAAAGUCAGGCGAGGCCAUCUGUCCCCUCGCCUGAAAGCCAACCUCCACGCUGAGGAUAUUUAUUCUCAUCUUGUGUUGUGGGUCUAAAUAGAUUUUUUUAAUUCUUA